CGUCUGUGGGAAGGGUGGGGGUCGGUGCCUGCAGGGCUCUCCGUGGCCGCUCGGGAGAGGUGCUCUUCGCGCAGGCUCGCCCGGAGACUUGAGGAGGUGCUCGCUGGCGUGCAUGGGGCCUGUUCUGUCCUUGCUUUGGGGAUGCUCCUAAGCGGGGAGAAAGGGAUACCGCGGGUGCUUGGAGGUCGAGGGAGGGAUACCUAAGUGCGCAAAGGCCACCGGUUAGGGCAGGGGAAGGGCUCGCUAGAACGAGCUUUAACUGGUUGGCUGUAAACAGUUUCAGGCUAGUCUAAACCAAACAACCGAGAAUCAACGCGGAGUUCCUGCAGGUUGAGAGAGUACCUGGCUGCGAAUGUCCAGUAGUGAUGGAUUGCCUUGUAGGCCCCAGAGCAGUUGGGGAAGUUAGCAUUCUUGUUCAAGAAGCUGCUGGGUCACUUAGAGCUAUGAAAGAAUGUUGUGAGUUUGGGAUUUUCUUUCAAACGUUCAGGAUUGAGGUUAGGGCUGGUGGUGAGGAUCAUGUAAAGAGGUUUGAGUGGCUGCCUUAGGUCCCGGUGUGGGAAGCUUAUUCUUUUGGUGUCAUCACGUGUCCAUGGGAAUUAUUUAGAAUGUGGUCUGCCCUCACGAGAGGAAAGGAGCUGUGAAGCCAUUGCAGUUCUUCCUCCCUAUGUGGAAAAUCGAAUUUCUGGAAACAUCCUCUAUAUUGGAGAUUUUGCCUACGUAAAGGCUAUCCUUAUUGGCUAGCGGCAUUAAUUACUUUAAAAGUAGUAUGGAAGUACAGUAUCUGAAGCAUCACUGGGUUUUGAGCUCACUUCUGUGGAAAAGAAUUUAAGGGAGUGGUCUAGACUUUCCAGGGAAGUUAUUGCCUGGCUGUGUCCCUCUAGUCCUAAUUUUAUACUUAACUUUCCCCCACCUUCAGCCUCAUCUGUUUCAAUGGUGCAACUCUCUUCAUCCCCUUUUGGUUACCAGUCACCUUCAGGCCAUUCAGAGGAGGAAAGAGAGGGGAAUAUGAAGUCAGCCAAGCCCCAAGUGAACCACAGUCAGCAUGGGGAAAGCCAGCGGGCCUUGAGCCCCCUGCAGUCUACUCUGAGUUCUGCUGCAUCUCCUUCCCAAGCAUAUGAGACCUAUAUUGAAAAUGGACUCAUAUGCCUUAAACACAAAAUUAGAAACAUCGAGAAAAAGAAGCUCAAACUGGAAGAUUAUAAGGAUCGCCUGAAAAGUGGAGAGCAACUUAAUCCAGACCAGUUGGAAGCAGUAGAGAAAUAUGAAGAAGUGCUGCAUAAUUUGGAAUUUGCCAAGGAGCUUCAGAAAACCUUUUCUGGGUUGAGCCUAGAUCUACUAAAAGCGCAGAAGAAGGCGCAGAGACGGGAGCACAUGCUAAAACUUGAGGCUGAGAAGAAAAAGCUUCGAACUAUACUUCAAGUUCAGUAUGUAUUGCAGAACUUGACACAGGAACACGUACAAAAAGACUUCAAAGGAGGUUUGAAUGGUGCAGUGUAUUUGCCUUCAAAAGAACUUGACUACCUCAUUAAGUUUUCAAAACUGACCUGCCCUGAAAGAAAUGAAAGUCUGAGUGUUGAAGACCAGAUGGAGCAGUCAUCCUUGUACUUUUGGGACCUUUUGGAAGGUAGUGAGAAAGCAGUGGUAGGAACGACAUACAAACACUUGAAAGAUCUACUGUCUAAAUUGCUGAACUCAGGCUAUUUUGAAAGUAUCCCAGUUCCCAAAAAUGCCAAGGAAAAAGAAGUACCACUGGAGGAUGAAAUGCUAAUACAAUCAGAGAAAAAAACACAAUUAUCGAAGACUGAAUCUGUCAAAGAGUCAGAGUCUCUAAUGGAAUUUGCCCAGCCAGAGAUACAACCACAAGAGUUUCUUAACAGACGCUAUAUGACAGAAGUAGAUUAUUCAAACAAACAAGGCGAGGAGCAACCUUGGGAAGCAGAUUAUGCUAGAAAACCAAAUCUCCCAAAACGUUGGGAUAUGCUUACUGAACCAGAUGGUCAAGAGAAGAAACAGGAAUCCUUUAAGUCCUGGGAAUCUCCUGGUAAGCACCAGGAGGUAUCCAAGCCUGCAGUUUCCUUAGAACAGAGGAAACAAGACACCUCAAAACUCAGGUCUACUCUGCCAGAAGAGCAGAAGAAGCAGGAGAUCUCCAAAUCCAAGCCAUCUCCUAGCCAGUGGAAGCAAGAAACACCUAAAUCCAAAGCAGGAUAUGUUCAAGAGGAACAAAAGAAGCAGGAGACACCAAAGCUGUGGCCAGCUCAGCUGCAGAAAGAACAAGAUCCAAAGAAGCAAACUCCAAAGUCUUGGACACCUUCUGUGCAGAGUGAACAGAACACCACCAAGUCAUGGACCACUCCCAUGUGUGAAGAACAGGAUUCAAAACAGCCAGAGACUCCAAAAUCCUGGGAAAACAAUGUUGAGAGUCAAAAACACUCUUUAACAUCACAGUCACAGAUUUCUCCAAAGUCCUGGGGAGUAGCUACAGCAAGCCUCAUACCAAAUGACCAGCUCCUGCCCAGGAAGUUUAACACAGAACCCAAAGAUGUGCCUAAGCCUAUGCAUCAGCCUGUAGGUUCUUCCUCUACCCUUCCGAAGGAUCCAGUAUUGAGGAAAGAAAAACUGCAGGAUCUGAUGACCCAGAUUCAAGGAACUUGUAACUUUAUGCAAGAGUCUGUUCUGGACUUUGACAAACCUUCAAGUGCAAUUCCAUCGUCACAACCGCCUUCAGCUACUCCAGGUAGCCCCGUAGCAUCUAAAGAACAAAAUCUGUCCAGUCAAAGUGAUUUUCUUCAAGAGCCAUUACAGGCUACUUCUACUCCAGUUACUUGUAGCUCAAAUGCUUGCUUGGUUACUACCGAUCAGGCUUCUUCUGGAUCUGAAACAGAGUUUAUGACCUCAGAGACUCCUGAGGCAGCAAUUCCCCCAGGCAAGCAACCGUCUUCACUAGCUUCUCCAAAUCCUCCCAUGGCAAAGGGCUCUGAACAGGGCCUGCAGUCACCUCCAGCAAGUAGUAGUUCAGUAACCAUUAACACAGCACCCUUUCAAGCCAUGCAGACAGUAUUUAAUGUUAAUGCACCUCUGCCUCCACGGAAAGAACAAGAAAUAAAAGAAUCCUCUUAUUCAUCUGGCUACAAUCAAAGUUUUACCACAGCAAGUACACAAACACCACCCCAGUGCCAACUGCCAUCUAUACAUGUAGAACAAACUGUCCAUUCUCAAGAGACUGCAAAUUAUCAUCCUGAUGGAACUAUUCAAGUAAGCAAUGGUAGCCUUGCCUUUUACCCAGCACAGACGAAUGUAUUUCCCAGACCUACUCAGCCAUUUGUCAAUAGCCGGGGAUCUGUUAGAGGAUGUACUCGUGGUGGGAGAUUAAUAACCAAUUCCUAUCGGUCCCCUGGUGGUUAUAAAGGUUUUGAUACUUACAGAGGACUUCCUUCAAUUUCCAAUGGAAAUUAUAGCCAGCUGCAGUUCCAAGCUAGAGAGUAUUCUGGAUCACCUUAUUCCCAAAGGGAUAAUUUCCAGCAGUGUUAUAAGCGAGGAGGGACAUCUGGUGGUCCACGAGCAAAUUCGAGAGCUAACUGCUUCAUUAUGAGAAACUCACUGUUGCUAAUAAAACAGCAGGGUGGAGUGAUUCUUCUCAGGUGAGCAGCCCAGAAAGAGACAACGAAACCUUUAACAGUGGUGACUCUGGACAAGGCGACUCCCGUAGCAUGACCCCUGUGGAUGUGCCAGUGACAAAUCCAGCAGCCACCAUACUGCCAGUACACGUCUACCCCCUGCCUCAGCAGAUGCGAGUUGCCUUCUCAGCAGCCAGAACCUCUAAUCUGGCCCCUGGAACUUUAGACCAACCUAUUGUGUUUGAUCUUCUUCUGAACAACUUAGGAGAAACUUUUGAUCUUCAGCUUGGUAGAUUUAAUUGCCCAGUGAAUGGCACUUAUGUUUUCAUUUUUCACAUGCUAAAGCUGGCAGUGAAUGUGCCACUGUAUGUCAACCUCAUGAAGAAUGAAGAGGUCUUGGUAUCAGCCUAUGCCAAUGAUGGUGCUCCAGACCAUGAAACUGCUAGCAAUCAUGCAAUUCUUCAGCUGUUCCAGGGAGACCAGAUAUGGUUACGUCUGCACAGGGGAGCAAUUUAUGGAAGUAGCUGGAAAUAUUCUACGUUUUCAGGCUAUCUUCUUUAUCAAGAUUGAAAGUCAGUACAGUAUUGACAGUAAAAGGAUGAUGUUCUAAUUAGUGGGAUUGAAGGAAAAGUAGUCCUUGCCUUCAUGACUGAUUGGUUUAGGAAAAUGUUUUUGUUCCUAGAGGAAGGAGGAGGUCCUUACUUUUUUGUUUUCCUUCCUAAGGUGAAAAAUCAAGCUGAAUGACAAUUAGCACUAAUCUGGCACUUUAUAAAUUGUGAUGUAGCCUCGCUAGUCAAGCUGUGAAUGUAUAUUGUUUGCACUUAAUCCUUAACUGUAUUAACGUUCAGCUUACUAAACUGACUGCCUCAAGUCCAGGCAAGUUACAAUGCCUUGUUGUGCCUCAAUAAAAAAGUUACAUGCA